CAAUAUAUUUCAGUUUUCUCUUAACCGUUGCGCAAAGUAUAUGCCUAUUUAAGCUUUAAUAGAGUGUUUGACCAUUAAAUAUUUUAACUCUAACGUAAUGCAGUUCAAGAUGCGUUGUAAAAAUUAUAGUCUCCAAUAUGCCAUAGUUUUCUUCUCAGUAAUAUUCACAUGUGCACUAGCUGACAUACAAGAGUUCACAACUGCUCCAAAUGUAGCAAAAUCCCAACCCAUCGUCAUACAUACACAAGCACAAAUUUAUGAUCAACCGACAUUAAGUGAAUAUGAAGAAUGUCAACGGAAUCUAGAUACAUGUCUCCAAGUAUGUGAAACUGCAAACAAUACCACAGCCUGUGAAAAAGAGUGCCCCACCUGUCCAAUACUUCUAGAACACAAUGUACUGGUACAAGGUAUUAACGACACUAAUUACAGAGCACCGACCGAUAUUACAGCGAAUCAUACGAAUAUCAUACGCCUUACAAACGAAAUACAAAAUAUUAUUGAAAAUAAUUUGGGCAACAUUACUGCACGUAACGAAAACAAUAUACACAUACAUCAGAAUAUAUCCGAUAUUGGUGGUCUAUUUGGUUUAGGCUAUAAUCAAAACGGGUCAUGUUGCUUUGUCAUACAAGAGACUAAGGAUUGCGAUGAUGAUCAAUUUUCCACAGCUUCAAAAUGUCAUCAUAAACGUAGGAAAUUUUGUAGUGAAAAAUGCAAAGCUCGGAUUAUGUAUGCAAAACGUGUAAAACGCUGUAAUUAUGAUGAAACUGGCGUUUCAGAGUGUCGCACAAUAAUUAAGUAUGAAAUACAACCAACGAAGACGCCACACACAACAAACAAAUGUCGAUAUGUACCAAAUUGGCCGUUUGUCAGUUGUCCAAGUAGGAAUAGGAGACAGCCCAACCAUUGUCGCGAGUGUCUACAAAUACCAUAUGGUCAUAUAUUGAAAUAUGGUGUGCCAAAACAUUGCAGCAACUGCUAUGCUGGCCAUAAUGGAGCGGAUUAUGUAAAUGAAAUGGUUUACUAUACGCCAAAUAUGUAUCCUAGACCCUGGCAGCCAAUGCCAUACUAUCCUAUAGUUAUUUCUCCAGAUCCAGGCUAUGGCAAUGAAUGGGAAGAUGAUGAUAUGGAUGAAGAAGACCAAUGGAAAAGUGAAGCGUUAAAAUGUCGCAGUGAAGAUGGUACAAUUACUGAUAAUUGUAAUAAUAUUGAAAAUGAAGAUGAUAAAUACAAUAUUGACACUAACAAAACUACACGUGCACCAAAAGACGAUGAAUUUCCACAACUACCAGAGGCAGAAGAUGAAAUAGAGUUAACUCAUAACAAUAAUGAUAAUUCUUUAGGUGAAGUGGAAGCCAUGAGACAUCGUCGCCGUGCGGGUUUCAAACGUUCUGCUUAUAGCCAUCGCAAAUAUUAGUUUUAUUUUCAUAAAUUUUGUUAUUAAGUAAUGCUGCUCCUUUCUGUUUACACAACAAUUUUUAAUUAUUUAAUAUACUUUAAAACAAAGCUGUAAACCACAAAAAUUUUUGUAAUGAAUCCAUUCAGUAGUUCGGUGAUACCCUGAAACAUUAAUUAUAUAAGACCACAAUAUAUAUAAAACAACAAUAGUUUGGUUAAUUGGUCGAAUCGGUUCAAAAUGGAUAAGAUUCCGGUUCAAAAGACUUCAAUUGAUUACCGGUUCACAGCCUUACUUUAAAGUAUACAUUGUUAAAUUUAGUCAAUACAGAUGAUUUUUAUUUUAAUUGGCAAUUUGAUUUUGUUUUUGUAAUUGUACUUCAUUUAAAUAUUACAUGUUCAAUAGUUAUUAACAAUUUUUGUUGUUGUUUUCAAGUAUUGAAAGUGCCUAAUUAAGAACUAAAAAUUUAACAA